CCAGGACUUGUUUGGUGUUGGGAUGUGAAUUUCUUUCUGUGAAUCACAUACCGUAUGAAGAAUAAAUUACUAUUAACUGUGUUCGUGCAAAAUUUCAAAUAAAGUUUGUUAUUUCAAUAUACGGCAGCAUUAUAAAAAUGGUUCGUGUUAUAUCUCAAGAGACCUAUGAUGAAGUGGUUCAAGAGAAUAUGCAAGAAUUUGACAUGAGCGCGGAGGAAGCUAUCCAAGAUGCUAUAAACCAAUUUGAAGCUCAGGGCGUUGAUUUGUCAAAUAUAAUAAAAGAUUUAGUUUUGUCUUCCGGCGAUGAUCAUGAGAUCUCCAAAUCAAUAAAAAAACUCCAUGAAAUCAAAGAUAAUGGUGACGACAGUGAAAUAUUAAAGGAAUUAGAAAUUUUAAAGGCAGAAUGCAACAAAGAUAUAGCUCGUAGGGUAAAAGCAGGCAAAGAAGGUGCCUAUACAUUAUUACUAGAAUUACUGCAAGCGAGACAUAAGGUGACCAUGGAAACAGCAAAUGAAAAAGAUGCAACAUUUAUUAUAAAUGUCUUGAAUACUUUAAUAGCCCUAAUGGAUGUGCAGCCUGAUUUGUUAGAUCAGAAAGGUGUUGAUGUUAUAAAAAGCAUUUUGGAUAACACAGAAGAUGAGAAUAUUUUGAUAGCCACAUUGAAAUGGAUAAGCACAUGUUGCAUAAAGCAUGAAAUUAACCGUCAAAGGUUGUUUGCAAAAAACAUUGCAAGCAACUUGAAGUCCUUGCUGCAAGUUGGGAAUAAUGUUAAGUUACUAUCAGAAGUGUUAUCAGUUAUCCGAAAAUUCCCCCUGGACGAUGAUAUUAGAGUGGAAUUUGGCAAAGCACAUGACCAUGCCAGGGAACUUGGAUUUCAGCUACUAGAGCCAUUGACUAACUUAUUAAAAGAACACACUAAACCACCUUUAGUAUCAGAACUGAUGUCGACAAUAGCAAGUCUCCUAGUCCGCCACGAGCUGUGUGCUACGGUGGCAGAGAGUGGAGCAGAUGUAUUGUUCUCAGUGCUAGCUGACAACUCGGAGAACGCCGCGGUCGUGCAGCAGGCGAGCAAGCUGAUAACAGCUUUAGCCGGUAACGACGAUGUGAAGAGGCAGCUGGUUAAAAGUGGAAUAGUGCCUAUCAUAGUGCUGCUACUCACUAGACAUGCGAGCAAUGCGUCAACAACGGCAUCCACCCUAAAAUGCAUGGCGGCACUAACCCUGCGCGAGCCGCCGCACAGCCGCCUGUUCUACGACUGCGGAGCGCCUGAGGCCAUCGUCGACUGCCUCAAGAGGCACCCAGAGAACGAAGCAGUACAGAAAAACGGGUGCUGGGCGAUCCGCAACAUGGUGGCUCGGUGUCGCGACAUGAACCCCAAGUUCAAGGAAUUGGGCGUUGAACCUAUCCUGUUUGCUGCUUACGAGAGGUUCCUCAAGGAUUUCGGUUUCGAUGUCAAGUCUGCGCUCAGGGAUCUCGAGUGCGAUGUCAAGUUUGACGAGCAAUGGACUGGCAAGGGCGUGGAAUUGAAGCAGUGAUGUUCUUACACAUUUAUAUGUAUCUUCAUACUUGGAACCAACCUAAAUGAGGGUUUCCGCGAUCAAGUUUUUCACUAGAUAACAGCACGGUGGCGAGAUGUCUAGGCUGUCAUAAUCCACCAAUCAUGUUUAACCAUGUUUUUUUAUAUUGGUGGAAUUGGACGGCAGCUGUCAAAAAGACCUCUCAUCACUGUGCUGCCAUCUAGUGAAAAUCUCGAUCGCGGAAACCCUCAUUGGUUAUUGUGACACACGAAUAAGAUAGUGUCUUUAAACAAAUGGGUAGAAAAAUAUCCCAGUCGUAGGACUGGGAAAAUAUUGACAAAUUUAUGUAACAUUAAAAUGCAAUAACGUUUUUGUUAUUGCAAUAACUUUGCUUUUAAUUAUAAAUGUUAGUAGAAUAGCAUUUACAUUGACAAUUUCAAUAUAAAUAUAGUAAGCACGAAAUGUUUUCAUUCUAUGCAAGAGAAGACUUUGCUUGCAGAUUAAUUUAUGCUUUAGUUUAUAUCAUUAACUGCUUGCGGCUACACUCUGAUACAUGUUUACU